AUGUGUGAUUUUGAUGGGCCAGAUGGAUUACGUAGUGGUAAUGCCAUCGUUAGCUGCCACAUGGACGCCGAUAUUAUGAACUCCGUUACUGUCAUGUGUCCACGCCAAGUCGACGGUACUGAGUAUGUAUGGCAUCCUCAACCGAAUGUGGAAGAACAAGGUCAUCUCAAAACGUAUGUGAGUGAUGAUGGCGCUUUUAGUUCCGUUUCUAUUUCAAGGGUCGUGCAUUUCGAAUCUAUGAAUAAGUUUUUCUGGAUGCAAACCACUCCCUCUCAAACAUCUAUGCACGUCAAAUUGCCAAAAGAUGAAUUGGUUGUCAUUACCCAACGCCGCCUUAUCUUCAUUUGUGGGCCGAAAGAUUUGGUUCUCACCGAUACGUUGCAGCGUCACCUCCACGUUCUCCAUGAGCUUGGUCAAAUGGAAUCUGUUCCAUGGAUCCCAACAACGCCGUUGACGGAAGAAAUGUUGGAAAUAGGGAAAUCAUUGGGUGUUUUAUUAUUGACUAGAGACCGGAGGUAUCUACCGCUGCAAGGUUGCGGAAGCCGCCCUUCGCUACUGUUCGCUCCGAAUAAUGUGAUGGUAGAUUCCAAAACGGGGAUACGUUCAUGCGUGGCGGAUCCUAUUUCCCCAUCACUUAUCGGAUUUGUCUGCGAAGGUCGUCUUGAACCCAAUGAUUGCAUGAAAUCCCUCUUGGACGAUGACGGCGCUGUUGUUGCUGCUCCGAAGCCCCAUGCGUACUUGAAUUUCCAAAACUAUGGGCAUUGGAUAGUAUCACGAUAUUUCGGUGAGGUAGCUACGCGCCCCUUUAGUGGCGAAUGCAGGUGCAUAGAUCCGGAGACUGGUCACGUCAAGGCCCGUAUAGAGAUCCGUCAGAAAACUGACCACGUCUGUGAUAUAGCUAGCAUGAUCGAAGGCAACAAGUCGCAUCCCAAGCGGGGUCCCUGGUGUUCGGUUGUACUCCAUCCGGGCAGCACCUUGACCAUAAAGGUACCAACACAGCCCUCGAACCCGGGUUCUAUAGACAAGGAAUACGCGGAAGGUUACGGCAGUGACGUUGGCUCCGGUUUUCACGCUCUACCACUCUCGCAUUUGCCGUCCAUAUAUGACUAUGAAACUGGAUUUAUGCCAAAGAACUUGACUACGCUGAGGCAACAGACGGAUUUUUAUGACCUUGAAGCUUACGACGAACUCUCGUACGACGAAGCGCUUGCGGGCGAUGCGCUCGAAUUAGAUGUUUCCCAACUGGACAGAGGAGAGGUGAAGCUAAAGUACCAUGUAGACAAACCUCUUACUUUACGAAACGGGCAAAACUCGUUCAUGUUUCAUUGGACAUCUCAACCGGGGAACUAUUAUUAUACGGAUACGACACGUGCCACUGUCAAUGUGGCCUUUGCUUUUACCCAUGACUACGAAAUGGUUGGUUGCGACCGGAGCACACCAAGUGUGUUUGAUCAAUAUGCAAGCAGAAAAUAUUGUUCGACCAAACGAAUGGGGAACGGUAUAGAGGAUACGUAUGAGUGUUCAGUAAACGUUGUUAGCGAUAACAAGCCGGCUGGUAUCUACUGCCAACCUGAUGAGGAGUUGUUACCGAACAAUUGUGACUCUACAGGAUACGAUCUCUAUAGUAAUAAGAUUGUUACAAUGCACGGAUCUGUGGAAAAUACAACUCCAUACCCCAUUACGGGUUUUCAGGCAUUAUAUUUUCACGCCCUUCACGAUAGCCCUGUCAGUUACGCUUGCUUCUGUGUUGACCAACGUGGGUAUGAAAAAUCAAGGCUAGUUAUGAGCCAUAACAUGCUGAAGUCUUAUUUCUUCACAACAGAACAUAUAAAUAAUGUUCAAAUGCAACGUCAAAUUUCAGAUGCGCCUAUUUUCUCCUCAAGACGGUCUAAUGAAGAACGUAUGCCAUUACGAUCGCUUAUAGCAGAGUACAUAACCAAAAAAUCGGUCGUAUUGAACUUGGGCACACAUCUGACAAUGACGUGUAAUCCUGGACUCGUAUAUAGGGACUUUGAAAAUGAGCCAAUAGUGCCAUCGAUAUGGUGGCCACGGCAACCAGACAUGUACUAUUACAGCGUGAACCGUACGGCGCGUGGGCUUCAGCUUAUUCGUAACAGGUACUCCGACUCGAUUGCUAGUACUCCUGGUGGUUAUUCGAUAUCUUUCAAACCUAAGUUGCAUAAAUGGAGAGAGAUUUUUACAAUUCAAACGUUCAGGGACUCAGUGUUGGUAUCUAAGGAUCCGAAACACAGAAAGUAUGUAUCCAUGAUAUUUGUCUGCGGUAAAGAGCUCGAACAACCGCACUCAUCCAUUUUAACUGGUAACAGUUAUUCAUAUCAGCGUCUACGCAGUUUAUUAUACUCGUCACUAUACACUUGGAACGUCGUUGAAGUCAACAUGGAGACCACUGAUCCCUAUAUGCAAGGUUGCGGAGUUACAUACGAAUCAGAUGAGCUGUUCAAACCUGAGACUCCCAAACUCUACGAUGCGGACGGGCAGCCUCAGUUUGGCUGCAAGAUCGACAUUCAAGCUGCCAAGGAAGCGGCGUUCUACUGCCCGGCUCCUUACGCGCUGGACCCACCGAACUGUUUCAACCACGUCUCCGUGGAUGGUGAACUGAAGAACCUAAGCGACAUCAGUCAGUCGUUAGUGGACGAUUCAUCUAACCACUUUGUUAUCCUGCGAUUCGACAGCGAACUCAUUGGACCCGGGGAGACGCUUCGCAAGACACCGCCGUUGGAGUGCCGCUGCGUCACUACCAAGGGCAUCGUCUUAUCCACCAUCCAGAUCGAGAACUAUUACGCCAAGUAA